UAAAAUACAGCAAAACUAGUCAAUUAGCCAUCUUCUUCAACAACUCUCUCUCUCUCUCUCUCUCAAUCUCUCUCCACAGCUACAGCUUACAAACGACGACUUUUUCAACUUCUCUCACCAAAACCACAAUGCUGUAGUGAGACAACCAAUCAAACAUCUUCCAAAAAUGGGGUGUGGCAACACAUUCUUCACCCUGGUAAUAACAUUCUCAGUAGCACUAAUCACCUACAACAUCAUCAUCUCUGCAAACGCUCCACUCAAACAGGACUUCCCAGGCCCAUUACACAAGAAUUCAAGACAUGGGCUUCUGCUCCCGCAAGACCCCAUCAUCAAGAUGCCAGUGGACAGGAAAUCAGGCCCAGAAAUCAAGAAAAAGAGGCUGUUUCACACUGCUGUAACAGCUUCUGAUGGGAUUUAUAAUACAUGGCAAACAAGGGUUAUGUACUAUUGGUUUAAGAAGUUUAAAGAUGAGGAGGGCUCUGAUAUGGGUGGGUUUACGAGGAUUUUGCAUUCUGGGAAAGCUGAUAGUUUGAUGGAUGAGAUCCCUACUUUUGUUGCUCAGCCACUUAAAGAUGGCAUGGAUCAGGGUUAUAUAGUUCUUAACAGGCCUUGGGCCUUCGUACAGUGGCUACAACAGGCAAAUAUUGAAGAAGACUACAUAUUGAUGUCAGAGCCGGAUCACAUUAUAGUAAAGCCCAUACCAAAUUUAUCUUCAGAUGGCCUUGGAGCUGCUUUCCCUUUCUUUUAUAUUGAACCCACAAAGCAAGAGACCAUUCUCCGAAAGUUCUUCCCUGAAGAAAAGGGACCAAUUACCAAUAUCGAUCCUAUAGGGAACUCUCCUGUCAUCGUUGGGAAGGAAGCUCUUAAAAAGAUUGCCCCAACUUGGAUGAAUGUUUCCUUGGCGAUGAAGAAAGAUCCUGAUGCAGAUAAAGCUUUUGGCUGGGUUCUCGAGAUGUAUGCAUAUGCCGUAUCAUCAGCUCUUCAUGGCGUGGGUAACAUCUUAUACAAGGACUUCAUGCUCCAGCCUCCCUGGGAUACCGAAAUAGGAAACAAGUAUAUCAUUCAUUACACCUACGGAUGCGAUUAUGAUUUAAAGGGUAAAUUGACAUACGGAAAGAUCGGUGAGUGGAGAUUUGACAAAAGAUCUUAUACUACUAGCUGGCCUCCGAGGAAUCUCCCAAUGCCUCCGCCUGGUGUGCCAGAAAGUGUUGUUACUCUGGUGAAAAUGGUUAAUGAAGCCACGGCCAACAUUCCCAACUGGGGUGAGUCAUAACAUGAAAAGGGGCUAAAUAUAUUUUGAUGGACUCUGCAGUUCGAGCUUAUAGUGGUUGUGCAAGAGUAUCCUUGUCUACUAGGUUAUGUACACAUGAAAGUAUCAACGGUCGUGUUCUCAGUUCUCACGACUAUGACCCGGAAUAUGUAAACCUUGUAAGAACAGUAGAGACCUAUUUACAAAUUAUCUAUCUGUUAUUAACUAUUUUGUAUCAUCCAGUUAAAAUUAUAUUAGCAUGUUUAUAUGUUGUGCAUGAACAAA